AUGGAUUUUACCCAGUUCUUAGGAAAUAGCCCCAUUUCUGAAAAAAAAAACUCCUCAUUUCACGGAACGCAUUGCGAUUUUGAAGCUAGGGUUUUGAUCAUCGUCUCCUCCUCUGUAUUUCGAAUUUCGAAGAUGGCUGAUCCGACUUACACGGUGUUCGAGAACAUAUAUACGUUACAUCCUUGUGGCAAGACUCUGGGGACCCUUAGGGUCGAUGGUAGGCUUAUGGUGCUUGAGGACUUAGAUUCUGCAAUUCAUCUUCGAGUCAGAAUGCUUGAGAUCAAAGACAUAACAUGGAGGAUGGUUAAUGACGGCAAGCAGCAGCUGGGGUUGUUGUUGCACGAUGGUUCAAAACAUAGGAUAUAUGGUUUUUCUAACAGUGCUGCAGCUCGUAUGAGUCGUUUGUUGCAAGAUGUGACUGGUAUCGAACCACGACAGGAAGAGAUAGCAGUGAGUGGAAAGACCAGGGGACAGCUUGAAGUCCACGACAAAAGAGUUUUGUUUAAGGUGGAUGAAAAGCUUGCAUUUGAUUUUGGUGUUGAUGAUGUGGUCGAUGUAAAACAAACAAAGCAUCCUCGAGAAGUAGAACUAAAAUUCCCAGAUAAUCCUCGAGAAGCUGAGAAGGAUUCAUUGGUGGGGAUGGUUUUUCAAACAUCCAGUUCUAGUUCUGGAGAGGCACUCACUCAAAAGUUGAUUAAAUCUGGAGCUGGAUUUAUGGGCGAGCAAGCGAUUGCUGUGUUUGAAGAGCUGAAGAUCCUCCAUCCACGUGUAAGCUCCGGACACACGGUUGGAAUUGGACUCCAUGUAACUUGUGUGAAGUUGCAAAAGAAAGAAGUGAAGGAGGAUGGAUAUGAAGAUACCAUACAGCAACCAUAUCCCAGGCCACAUGAUACUUCGAUAGGGCUGAUUAUUGAUCCGUGGGUCGGUGUAAACAAGAAAGAUUUGCCUGAGAAGAUCAUUAUACAGUUUGACUCUCGUUUUCUAGUCCAAAAACCUAUGAUGAUUUCUGAACAAGUCAGAAGAAUGCUAGACAAGUAUGAGAAGCAACAUAUUCUUGAGAAGGCUGUGUAUACAGGCCCUAUAAGUAAGGUGUUUGGGGAAAUGCUUCAAAGGAUGUGUGACAAAAAAGUGAUAGUGAGUAGGCAUCCGGAGGUUCUUUUGUUUAAGAAUUCUCAUGUUGUGGAAGCCUGUCUCAUGCCUUCCGAGAGGAAGGCUUCCUCACGUAAGAAGGAUCGUGCUAGGGAAGCCUCUGUCAAGGCUACCGAUGGACUUCUGUAUGUAUUCGAUGAUUCCGUUUUUUUCCUUCCAUCGCCACCAACCUCACAAGUAAAAUUCAUCCGUUAUAAGGAGAUUGGAAAUGUACAGGUGGAGCGUAACUCUUGUGGGUCUAGCACACAUUGUGUGGGUCUGAUCGUCGAAUUAAAGAAAAAAGAAGAAAAACAUCACUUCAGUCAUAUCUGGUGUAACUGUCAGACCGGUGAAAAUGAGGUGAAAGUGAAAGUGAAAGUUCAGGCAGUGGCACCCUAGAAAAACUAACACUCCAAAGGUUCAAGCAGCAGUAUAUAGUCAUCAUUUUCUUCUUUGCAUAGUCACAAUGUCUUUUGCUUACUUUACAAACUGGUUGUUUAUAUGAUUCACAAUAGGCAUUUACUUUGACAAGCAACCCAUUCAUAUACUAUAC